AUGCCGUGCCGCCCAAGCCUAUCGGCCCGUGCCGCCAACCAGGACGACUCGCUCGUCGUGCACCCGGCAACGCAAGCCGGCGGCGACUCGGGCGAGCUCUCGCAAGCUUCGUCCAACGAGGACGACGACGAGGACGGCGCCCAAGUCGACUCGCAGGGCUUCUGGGAGGCCGACGCCAUCCUCGACGCGACUGCGACCAAGUACCGCAUCUCGUGGAAGGGCACCGACGAGAACGGCGAGCCGUGGGAGCCGACCUGGGAGCCCAAGGAGAACGCCAACGCGCAGCUCGUCCAACACUGGAGGGAGGUGGGGCGCGCUGAGAUGAAGGCGGAGAAGCGGCAUCAGAAGGAGGAGCGGCAGGAGGCCAAAAAGGCGGCGAGGGCGGCAAGGGCGGUCAAGACGCAGCGCAAGAAGCCCGCUAGCAGCACGGCAUCGUCGUCUCGCAUGCCCGCCUUCAAGGCCGACGACCCGCCCGUCCGCAGCGCGGCAAAGCGCAAGAUGGUCGCACCCGAGUCGGACACGUCGUCGCAGUCGUCGCAGCCACUCAAGAAGAAGGUCAAGGCCACCACCGCCAACCUCGUCGACCUCGUCGAGCCGCAGCCGGUCCAGUCGAAAAAGCGCGUCGCCUUUGACCUCGUCCUGAGCGGCGACGAGGACGAGCUGGACAACAACGGCGCCACCGAGGAGCACGACUCGACCGAGUCGGCAGCAGCCGCAAACCCCGAGCCCGAGUCGGGCGGGCGCGACGACAACGACGAGCCCGCCGCCUCGUCCGGGUCGACAACGGCCUCGGUCGUUCCCGACUCGCAGGCCGCCCCACCCCUCCUCGAUCACUCGACGCCGUCGCUCAUUCUGCCGUUCGCCAGCACGGCGCAGACGUCGAUGCACUCGCCCGCGUCGAGCCAUCUGGACGUCGAGGACCGGCGGUCCGACGACGGCGACGACGACGUCGCCAUCUUCGACCCGCUCCAGCACAACGACCACGACCGCACUUCGUCGCACGAGCCCGAGCCUGUCGCGCACCUUCGGCCCGUCCCUAUCCCGGCCGUCUCGGCGUUCCAGCUCGCGGACAGCAUCGUCGUCCGCUCGUCUCAGCUCGACCCGAUCGAGGACCCCGACUCGUCCCCUCGACGCUCGCCGUUCCGCCGCCAGCAGAGCAACCCGUCGCCGCGUCACGCGAGCCCGCGACCACGACCCGCCAAGACCCGCCUCGAGCUCGUCUCGGCCGACCACGGCGAGGUCACGAGCCCGCUCAGCUCCUUCGAGCUCGAGGUCCUCUCGGCAACGGCCGCGUCGUACGUCUCGCUGCCGAUGAGCUCGGCAGAGAUGUCCGCCAUCCAGGGCUCGAGCACGUCGGGCUCGUGGUCGCACUCGCGCCCACUCGUCACCGCGCCGGCGGUCAAGCGGCCGCUCGCACGCGCGCCAGACGCGCUCGUCGAGCUCGAGGCGGGCCCCGGCGUCGCCGUUCACGCGCGUGUGCGCCCUGCGUCGCCCGAGGUCGUCGACGAUGGAGCGCAGCACUUUGCGCCGACCCAGGGCGGCGCCGACGACGAGGAGCGCCAGUGCGAGUUCUUCGACGAGAUCUUCGACUACGAGGGCGGCGCCGUGUCGACCCAGCAGGUGCUGCCGACGGCGGGCGAGACGGUCGGCGCAGGGCCGGUCGCUCCGCAGCAGGACGCAGGCGAGGGCUCGGCGCCGCACGGCUACACGGGCUACGGUGCAGCGGGCUCGUGGAGCGGCGGGCAGCAGGAUCAGCAGAGUCAGCAGCAGCAGCAGCAGCAGCAGCAGCCGCAGAGCGGCGCGUCGUCGUCGUCGAGCUACGGGUACACCGGCGCGCCGUCGCUCCCCGGCGGCUACGGCUUCGGCUCGGCGCCAGGGUUCCCGGGCAGCGGCUACCGGCCCAUCCUGCCUGCGCCGUACGGCCACCCGCACGCUGUCGCUGCGCCGCCGCCGCCGUCGAAGCGCGACCUCGAGGACGCCGCGAGCGAGGCGAACAAGAAGGCGCGCACCGAGUCGUCGCCCCAGCCCCAGAGCUACCCGGCUGCCGCCCACGCCCACUCGCCGUACUCGAACCUGUCGGGCCAGAUCCCCUCGCCGUACGGCAUCGCCCCGCCGCAGGCGUUCAGCUACUCGAGCUCGUACGGGCCGCCAUUCGGCGCUCGUCCACCCGCGCUCAACGUUCACGCGCCGCCGCCGCCGACAAGCGCAGGCCCCGUCGCGCUCGCCUCGCCGUCCCUCGCACGCGUCCAGAGUCAAGAUCCUUUCGGCCAAGCUCGCGCGUCCCCUCCUCCUGCCGCCGCGUCCUCUCCCGUCGUCUUCUCCACGGGCCUUUCCUCCCCGGUCGGCGCACCCGCCGGCGCGCACCGUUCCCCAUCCCCUCUACCGCCCUCGGCCCCUGCGGCAACCGCCGCGCCGGUCAGCCCGUCCCUCGGAGGCGUCGGCGGGUCGAGCGGCUUCAUCUCGCGCAACAGCUCGCCGGCGCCGGGCGCGGGCAAGGCCGACGAGGUCGUCGCGCUCGUCAAGAUGUCGCCGCACAUCGUCGAGGAAGACGGGACCAAGGUCGAGAUCGAGCGCUUCCUGCGCGACCCGAAAACCUACUCGACCUCUUCUACGGCGCCGCUCAUGCGCAGCGAGUUCUGGGCGUUCGAGUUGCGGCACGUCACGGUCGACGGCGUCGACAAGGUCGACUUCAUCAUCCUCCGCACGCACCAGAGCACGUUCCAGCUCAAGCGCGCCGUCGUCGGCAAAGUCCCUGUCGACUUUGCGCGCUCUUUGUCGCACACGGCCGCUCGCCCGAGGGGCCUGACGCCGGCCGUCGAGGCGGUCCCAACGCUCGCCAUGUCAUCGCCGGUUCGUCCUCCACCGCCAGCUCUUCCUGCGCCAUCCACCAUGACUCGCGAGCAGCUCGAGCAGGAGGUCGAACGUCUUCGUCAGCAGAGCUCGGCGCACGAGGUCGAGCUCGUCGCGCUCCGCCCUCUUGCUGCCGAGGUCGCCAAGCUCAAGGUCGACUGCCAGGCGCUCACCAAGACCAACAAGUCGCUCCUCGCGUCGCGCGAGUCGACCCAGUCGGACCUGUCGUACAUGCAGGCGCAGUACCAAGCCGCGUCGGGCGCAGCUGUCGAGCGAGCCAACGAGGCUCGCGUCGCCGAGGCCGAGGCGGCCAAGCUGCGCGGCCUGCUCGACACCGGGCUCAAGCAGAAGGAGCUCGUCUACGCCGGCCAGAUCAAGACGAUCAAGACCGAGUACGCCCGCGUCAAGCAGCAGCUGCGCCACUACCAGGAGGAGAGCAAGCGCACGCAGGAGCACGGCAUCCGCGACAAGGCGGCCAAGUGGGACGAGCACGUCGCGCGACUCGCCCAGGAGCAGAAGGACGCGGCCGACCUGGCGCAGGGCCUCCCGCUCGACGGCGUCGGUUCGGGCGACGACGACGACGACGACGACGUCAAGGUGGACGGCGUUGCCGACGACAGUGAGGAGCAAGAGCCGAGCACGAUCAACACGUCGGCCACCUUUUCGCAGCUCCCGUCGCAGGUGCCCGUCGCGUCCCUCGGCCUCGGCGCCCGCGACCUCGUGCACCCUCUUCCCGCCGCCCUCGACGCGCCCAUGCCGCCAUCGUCGGCCCCGAGCACCAACGAGAGCACGAUGCUCCCCGUCGACGAGUUCCGGUGCGAGUGGAGGACGGGCACCGAGUCGCAGGCGCAGCCGUGUGGCGCGGUCACGUCGACCAAGGAGGGGCUGCAGGACCACCUUGUCACGGAGCACCUCCCGCAGUAGGUGCGCGGCGGGUGCGCGCGGCUGUCGAGGACGCAGGCGGACGACUCGGACAAGGAGGAGCAGCAGCUUUGGUCACUUUGCGACGCAACUCGAGCUCUUUGUUGUACUUC